AUGCUACUUACUAGCCACAGAGCCCUUGAGAGAUGUCUUCUAAAGUUUAACCGACAACACCUGGCCGGUCUUCGCUACUCCGACUUAAAAGCAUCACCUCACGAAUCUGAGAUGGUGCAGACUUCACAUGGAGAGCUUCUAUACGGGGUCGUAGAUUAUGGAGAGGAGGGAGGAGCGUACAAGAGCAUCGAGGAUGUAGUGAAGAAGACCAGGAACACCCGGCCCCGUGCUCACCACUUCAACACCACCGUACUUCCUGCUUUGACCUAUGCUUCGGAAACCUGGGCAUUUCGCAAGCAGGAAGAAAACGCGGUGAGCAUCAUUGAACGCGCAAUUGAGAGAGUGAUGCUAAGAGUACCGCGUUUCACGAAGGUGAGGAACGGGAUUCGAAGUUCUCCCCUACGUCAACGAUCGAAGAUUAGAGACGCCGCCGCGUUUGCCAAAGAAAGUAAAAUUAGGUGGGCCGGACACGUGAUGCGCUUUAAUGACAACCGUUGGACCAAAGCCGUAAGCGACUGGGUUCCCCGCGACAUUAAGCGCACUACAGGAAGACCGCCGACUCGAUGGUCAGAUUUCUUCACGAAGUCGUUCAAAGAAAAAUAUGAUGCUCUUUGUGUCCCACGCGAAAGGAGGAACCACUGGACUAUUCUGGUACGCGAUCGCGAUUGGGAGAACUACUGGCGCCCGCUCGACCAGUUCGAAGAUCAACGGGAGUCAAGGUGA